GAGUUUACUCUUUCCCGGUCCUGUCAAGCACCUGGCCCUCGCUCCCGUACCAAGAUGGCGGCAGAAGCAGCUGGUGGGAAAUACAGGAGCACAGUCAGCAAAAGCAAAGACCCCUCGGGGCUGCUCAUCUCGGUGAUCAGGACUCUGUCUACCAGCGAUGAUGUUGAAGACAGAGAAAAUGAGAAAGGUCGCCUUGAAGAAGCCUAUGAGAAGUGUGACCGUGACCUGGAUGAAUUGAUCGUUCAACACUACACAGAAUUGACAACAGCCAUUCGCACUUACCAGAGCAUCACAGAGCGCAUCACUAACUCGCGGAAUAAAAUCAAGCAGGUAAAAGAGAAUCUACUUUCCUGCAAGAUGCUGUUGCACUGCAAACGGGAUGAACUUCGUAAACUAUGGAUUGAAGGAAUUGAACAUAAGCAUGUCCUGAACCUGCUGGAUGAAAUUGAGAACAUAAAGCAAGUGCCUCAAAAACUGGAACAGUGCAUGGCCAGCAAGCACUACCUUAGUGCCACUGACAUGCUGGUGUCAGCAGUGGAGUCUUUGGAGGGCCCCCUGCUCCAGGUGGAGGGACUCAGUGACCUCAGGCUGGAACUUCACAGCAAGAAGAUGAACCUGCACUUGGUUCUCAUAGAGGAACUGCAUCGGCACCUGUACAUCAAAUCCACUAGCCGCGUUGUGCAGCGUAACAAAGAAAAAGGGAAGAUGAGUUCUCAUGGCAAAGAUGCCUCUCCUGGUCCUCUGAUUGAUGUUACAAACAUCUCUACUCCACGCAAAUUCCUUGAUGUCACUCAAUAUUCUGCUGGCAGCUCAAGUGUGAGAGAGAUGAACCUGCAAGACAUCAAGGAGGACUUGGAGUGUGAUCCAGAGGAGAACAGCACUCUUUUCAUGGGAAUUCUUAUCCAGGGGCUGGCCAGACUGAAGAAGAUCCCUGAGACAGUUAAAGCCAUUAAAGAACGUUUGGAUCAGGAGCUAAAGCAGAUUGUGAAGAGGUCAACCACUCAGGUGGCAGACAGUGGCUAUCAGAGGGGAGAGAGCCUCACUGUGGACAAUCAGCCAAGGUUACUUCUAGAACUGCUGGAGCUAUUGUUUGACAAGUUUAAUGCUGUAGCCACUGCACACUCUGUGGUCCUGGGGUACCUGCAGGACUCUGUUGGGACCCAGUCAAUGCAGCAGGAAGAGAUUAAAUUAUAUGAUAUGGCAGAUGUAUGGGUGAAGAUCCAAGAUGUGCUGCAGAUGCUGUUGACUGAGUACUUGGAUAUGAAAAACACACGUACUGCAUCAGAGCCAUCAGCUCAACUAAGCUAUGCCAGUACUGGACGAGAGUUCGCAGCCUUUUUUGCCAAGAAGAAACCACAAAGGCCAAAGAAUUCACUUUUCAAGUUCGAAUCAUCCUCUCAUGCUAUCAGCAUGAGCGCCUAUCUGCGAGAACAGAGAAGGGAACUCUAUAGUCGGAGCGGAGAACUGCAAGGGGGUCCUGAUGACAACUUAAUUGAAGGUGGAGGAACAAAAUUUGUCUGCAAACCUGGAGCCAGAAAUAUUACUGUCAUAUUCCAUCCAUUACUGAGAUUUAUUCAAGAGAUUGAACAUGCCAUGGGACUUGGCCCUGCCAAACAGUGUCCCCUUCGAGAGUUUCUCACCGUGUACAUCAAAAACAUCUUCCUUAAUCAGGUCUUGGCUGAGAUCAACAAGGAGAUUGAAGGAGUCACCAAAACAGCAGACCCCUUGAAGAUCCUAGCUAAUGCAGACACCAUGAAAGUUCUUGGGGUGCAGAGGCCUCUCCUACAGAGCACAAUCAUUGUGGAGAAGACCGUGCAAGACCUCAUGAACCUGAUGCAUGACUUGAGUGCGUAUUCAGAUCAGUUCCUCAACAUGGUGUGUGUGAAGCUCCAGGAGUACAAGGACACCUGCUCCUCAGCCUACAGGAGCAUUGUCCAGUCAGAAGAGAAACUUGUCAUCAGUGCAUCGUGGGCGAAAGAUGACGACAUCAGCAGGCUCUUGAAGUCACUUCCGAACUGGACUAAUAUGGCUCAGCCCAAACAGUUGAGGCCCAAGAGGGAAGAAGAAGAAGACUUCAUAAGGGCAGCCUUUGGCAAGGAAUCUGAAGUUCUAAUUGGGAACCUUGGUGACAAACUUAUUCCUCCACAAGACAUUCUCCGUGACGUCAGUGACCUCAAAGCCUUGGCCAACAUGCACGAAAGCCUGGAAUGGCUGGCCGGCAGAACAAAGUCAGCUUUCGCCAACCUCUCCACAUCUCAGAUGCUGUCUCCUGCUCAAGAGAGCCAUGUGAACAUGGACCUUCCACCAGUAUCUGAGCAGAUCAUGCAGACACUGAGUGAACUUGCCAAGUCCUUCCAAGAUAUGGCUGACCGCUGCCUGCUCGUCUUACAUCUGGAAGUGAGAGUUCAUUGUUUCCACUAUCUCAUCCCUCUGGCCAAGGAGGGGAACUAUGCCAUUGUUGCCAAUGUGGAAAGUAUGGAUUAUGACCCUCUGGUGGUCAAGCUCAACAAGGACAUCAGUGCCAUGGAAGAGGCCAUGAGCGCCAGCCUUCAGCAGCACAAGUUCCAGUAUAUCUUUGAAGGUCUGGGACACCUCAUCUCCUGCAUCCUCAUUAAUGGGGCCCAGUACUUCCGGCGCAUCAGUGAGUCUGGCAUCAAGAAAAUGUGUAGGAACAUUUUUGUUCUUCAGCAGAAUUUGACCAACAUCACUAUGUCACGGGAAGCAGACUUGGACUUUGCAAGGCAGUACUACGAGAUGCUGUACAACACAGCAGAUGAGCUCCUGAACCUGGUGGUGGACCAGGGCGUGAAGUACACAGAGCUGGAGUACAUCCAUGCCCUGACCCUGCUGCACCGCAGCCAGACCGGCGUCGGAGACCAGACCGUCCAGAACACCAGGCUGCAGAGGCUCAAGGAGAUCAUCUGUGAGCAGGCUGCCAUCAAGCAAGCCACCAAGGAUAAGAAAAUAACCACCGUCUGAUGGUGUCCCCCCGCUGCGGGUGUGGGUGGGGCUCGCUGUGUCUGCAGCCACAGGCUCUAUCCACUCAGCAUAGCGUGAGCUGACUUAGUUUCGUCUACACUGAUGCUUAGCGGAUGAAGGUGGAUUACUUCCUCCUUAGUUUUGCUUUUCUAUAUGAACUCUAAGGAAGUUUGCAGUACAGAAUGCUUUGCCUAGUGACUACUUUAGUGCUGUCUAUUCCCAAGGGCUGAGGAUGCAACCAGAAGGAGGGCAUGCCAAGUUGCUGGACCCCGAGAAAGCAAUGAAAGAAAGCUAGCUGCUACCUAAGUUUCCGGACCAUCCUGAAACUGCUUAGUGAGGUCUAUGGCAUAAGCAGGGGGCUUUUUAUUCUCUUAUCUUUGUCAGUUUGUAGUUCAGUGAGGUGAGUGUGUGUACAUUACUUUGUCUCCAUUGCCAAAAUCAAAUAAGAGGCUUCUCAGCUGGCUUCCCUACCAAAAACAGAUCUCCUCAAGGCUGGGGAGGAAGCAGCCCUUUCUCCCUGACCAGGGAUGGACGGUACUCUAGAGCCUGUACACAGGGUGCUAGUUGGUUUUAUAACCUUUUUGUUUUAUUCCUUCUGCAUUAAAGCCAAGAGUCAGGGCUGGAGGGAUGGCUUAGCAAUUAAGAGCACUGGCUGCCCUUCCAGAGGACCAGAGUUCAGUUCUCAGCCCCCGCCC